GUGUGUCUGCCUCUAACAGCGACGCCCAGGCCGACAUCACUUACCUGAACAAGUACAAAACCUGCUUCCAGAAAGUUGCAGUCUCCCAGUGCAUCCAGGCUUCGCUCAUCGCAGCACUGGCCAGCAGGGAGUCCCGGGGCGGAUCUCUGCUCAAGGACGGCUACGGGGACCAUAAGAAGGCCUGGGGGAUACUGCAGUGUGACAUCAAGAAGUCCGGGCUGAACUGCAAGUCUUGUGGCUGGGACAGCUGCUGUCACGUAGAGAUGAUGGUGAGGGACAUAUUGGUGCCCAACAUCAACAGCGUAAAACGCAAAUUCCCCAGCUGGACGGAUGCUCAAGCUUUGCAAGCCUCCCUUCUCUUCCUGACAAAAAGCAAGUAAGCAAAUAAUAGCAGGGACAGAGCAAAACCUUAAGUUUGAAAAUUCGUUGUAAAAAUCUAUGACGUUUUUAAAAAAAUAUUUUUUUUGACCAACGUAAUAUCUUCCCGAAUCCAUUGGGUGUUUUUCCUUUUGAUGUUCAGAAUUUUUUAUAUGUUUCUUUUCAUUCUUUGUCGAUGCUUGUAAAGCUGAUCCUCUUAGAAUAAUUUCAACUAAAAAAAAGAAAACCGAGAAAGGUUUUUUGUAAACCGAAACGGAGUGGGUUUUUUUCCUUUUUAUUUAUCUCGAUUUCUGUUGUGUUUUUUUAAAGGUAAUUUUCCUGUUGCUUAUUAAUUGAAUCGCCUCGUUGGAUAGCGUAGUUUAGCUAGAUUAUCGGAUUAAAUAAUGUUAGCCUUUUACUAUGCAUGUGCUUUUAUUAUGACAAUAGAUACAAAUACUUCCACUUCA